AUGUCGUCCUACGUUCUCUACGCCCUAGGUGCCCUGGGCCUCUUGGGAGCUAGCAGACAUGGUCAGCACACAUCAUCCUGCGAUCAGCUAGCUUCUGUCCUCGGGGACAAGGUCUCCACCCCCAGUUCGUCCGCCUACAAUGAAUCCGUCGGCUCGUACUUCAGCUUUCAGGAGCAGAGCUUGCGACCCGCCUGCAUCGUCCGCCCGACCGAUGCUCAAGAUGUGGCGGCGAUCGUCAAGACAAUGGGGCGCACGUAUCGUGAGUCGGGCGACCGAUUUGCCAUCCGCAGUCAUGGCCACAUGCUCUCCGCCGAAGCCGCCAAUAUCCAGGACGGAGUGACGGUCGACCUCCGGCCUCUCCAUCAAGUCACCGUCAGCGACGACCGGUUGACCGUGCGCAUCGGAUCCGGCGCCUCGUGGCUGCAGGUGUACCAGACCCUGGACCCGCUGCAUCUCACCGUCGCUGGUGGUCGAGAUGCCUCCAUCGGCACCGGCGGAUUCCUCACGGGCGGAGGCAUCUCCCUUCUCAGUCCCGCCGUUGGUUGGGGCUGCGACGAGGUGGUCGAGUAUGAGAUUGUGUUGGCCAACGGCGAGAUCACCGUCGUCACCGAGGCCUCCCAUCCCGAUCUUUUUGUGGCGCUCAAGGGCGGAUCCAACAACUUCGGCGUCGUCACGCAUUUCACCAUGAAAACCCAUCCAUACGACCAGAUCUGGGGCGGCUUCACAGCCUACGCGACCGACGAAAUCCCUCGUCAGAUCCAGGCUUACUCCGAUUUCAUGGAGGCCAAGAACUUCGAUCCCGAUGCCAACCUCGUGCAGUCGUACGGCUGGACCUCCGCGCAGCCGGCCGUCUUCGUGACGGACAUUCUCCUUUACGCCAAACCCGAGCCCCGUCCCCCCGUCUUCCAGUCCCUGGUGAACAACGAGACUCUGCUGUAUAGCACGCUGCGCCGGACCAAUAUGUCGGACUUUGCCAUCGAGGGAGACAGUUAUCAAGUCCCAGGCCUUUUUACGUUAUACUAUACAACAUCCUUUGCCCAUCAGCCCGCUCUCUACUCUUCGAUCGUGACUGAAUUCCAGCAUUCCAUCCCCGCUAUUUCCGCCGUGGACGGCAUCAACUGGUACCUGAGCAUCCAACCCACCGCGGCGCUUCAGCACGGCCGAAACAGCCUCGGCCUGGACCCGCACGACGAGCGCCUCAACAUCGUUCUGCUCAUUGCCUUCUUCCCUAAUCCCGAAGAUGCCCCCCAGGUGCGCAAGGCCACCGAGGCCCUGAUUGCGUCCGUCGAGCAGAUCACGCGCGCCGCCGGUGCCUACCGCGCCUUCAAGUACCUGAACUGCGCGGACGCCCGGCAGGACCCGAUCUCGGGAUACGGCGAGACGGCCAAAGCGGCCCUGCGCGCUGCCAGUCGGAAGUAUGAUCCGGAGGGGCUGUUUCAGGGUGACGUUCCGGGGGGGUUUAAACUGUUCGUGUAG